AUGAGCCAUAGGAGCUACAGGAGCCAAAGGAGCUCCAGGAGCCACAGAAGACAAAGGAGCCACAGGAACAACAGGAGAGCUAGAGAAGCUACAGGAGCCACAGAAGACAAAGGGGCUACAGGAGCCACGGCAGCUACAGGAGCCACAGGAGAUAUAGGAACCACAGGAGUUGAAGGAGCCACAGGAGCUAGAGGAGCCACUGGAAUCUCAGGAGCCAGAGGAGCCACAGGAAAUACAGGAGCCUCAGGAGCUAAAGGAGCAACAGGAGCCUCAGGAGCUACAGGAGCCAGAGGAGCCACAGAAGACAAAGGAGCCACAGGAAAUACAGGAGCCUCAGGAGCUAAAGGAGCAACAGGAGCCACAGAAGACAAAGGAGCCACAGGAAAUACAGGAGCCUCAGGAGCUAAAGGAGCUACAGGAGCCAGAGGAGCCACAGGAGCUAGAGGACCAAAGGAGCUACAAGAGCAAAAGCAGCUCCAAGAGCCACAGAAAAACAAAGGAGCUAAAGGAGCCACAGGCAAUACAGGAGCCACUGGAACUAGAGGAGCCAAAGGAGCUCCAGGAGCCACAGGAAAUAAAGGACCUAGAGGAGCCACAGGAAGCACAGGAGUUGAGGAAGCCACAGGAGCCAAAGGAGUUCCAGGAGCCACAGAAAACAAAGGAGCCACAGGAACCACAGGAGUUGAAGGAGCCACAGGAGCCAUAGGAGCUACAGGACACACAGGAGCCAAAGGACCUACAGGAGACAAAGGAGCUACAGGAGCCACGGCAGCUACAGGAGAUACAGGAGCUACAGGAACCACAGGAGUUAAAGGAGCCAUAGGAGUUCCAGGAGCUAGAGGAGCCACAGGAGCUACAGGAGCCACAGAAAACAAAGGAGCCACAGGAAAUACAUGA